AUGCACAAUACGACUUUCAACGCGGCAGGUUCCGCUUCAGGUACGCAAGAGACAUUGGCAACUGUCCAGGCUGACAAGUUUUCUGAUUCGUCCGAUGCUACUGGUGAGGAUGGAUUGUGGGGCUCUGAAGAUGGUGACAAUGUUGAGAAGACAGAUCAAGAUGCCAGUGGUUCCUUUCAGCCAGUACCUUUGGCGUUGCCCACCCGCUCUGCCCCUCCUCUUGCUCUACCGGGUCGCAACGUUAUCCCACUCCCGGCACGAGCCACGCCAACGACAGACAUUCCAGUUCAUCCCACUCAUAAUCCCUCACAAUCACAAUUUACUCACCAUCUACAAUCUGACUUUAUCCCUCCCGACACCAACUUAAUCGUACCAGACAUCCCUGUGCCAUCCUCUAGCCAAUAUCCUAGCCAUCCAGACCCAAACUUCUUUGACUACAGUGCGCCCUUCUAUAACACAUCCACUGACAUUCCCGUUCCUCAUCAUCAACAGCAGGAGCACUUCGUAGACCCCGCUCCUCUCUCUACUGAUUUUACUGGGGCUGAUUCCCUGGAUUGGAUUUACGAAUUCGCCAUUCCCAAUUGCAUCAACCCCACAGGAGCACCAAGCAAUGACAUCCCUGUACCCCCCCUAACCCACUACAACCAAGAACCACCGCAAUUCAUUAACCCCGCUCAUCUUCUGUUAAAUCCAAAUGGGGCUGGUUCCCCGAACUGGCCUGUCCCAGGAGCUGGACCUCCUGUCGCUUCUACCUCCCAACUGCCUGUCGCCUCUUCCUCCCGCAAGCGUGGUCACAAGGCCUCUGAAACCGAACUUGAACCUCAAACCAAGAAGGUACGGCAAAGAGAUCCUGAGAAGCCCAAAAUGCAAAAAGCGCCUUGUACUUGGCCCGGUUGUGGCAAGAUGAUCGUGAUAAAGAAUAUGCAGAGACACAUUGACGGGAUGCAUUUAGGUAAAAAGAAAGUCCAAUGUAGGUACCCAGAUUGUAGGAAAGUUCUAGCAUGGGAAGGUGAUCGUGCUAGACACUAUAGAACUGUUCAUCGCGGACAACCCCCGCCGCCUGACAAAUCACCUUCCCCUGAAGGUACACCUCACCUAGAUGGCCCACCUGCUCCCCAAGGUCCACUACCACCACCACCACCACCAGGAGCGAGCGGGAUUGCUGCAUGCUGA